UAAAACAGUUUCUUACACUCUUCUCUCUCUAUUAAUACUGCAACAGCCACCUCCUCCGAUUCCACAUCCAACGAGCUCUCCGGCCAUGGCAGAUCCCUUCAACAACGUCUUCAAAGGCUACUACUUCAGCCACUACAUGCCCCCAAACUACCUCCCUCCUCCUCCUCCGCCUCCUUCUUCUUCAUCAUUGACUUCUCAGUUUCCCAUCAGUAAUUACUUCUUCUCACCUCCUCCUCCUCCUCCGCCGCCGCCGCCGCCGUCUCCGCCGCAGAGAGCAGCGCUUCCGCUACUCAACCUCGUGAGCAGCGGCGCGGGAGACGCGGAGGCGGCGCCAGACGAGGAAGAAGAAGACGUGGAGGACGAGGAGGAGGAGGAGGAGGAGGAGGCGGCGGUGGCUCUGCAAAUUGGGCUGCCGACUCCGACUGCCGCAGAUCUCUUAUCCAGGAUCGACCGGAACAGCAACAACAACAACAACAACGACAACAACACUUCCAAUUCAACCUCUGCUGCUGCUGCUGCCGACUCUAAUUGCGCAAAUAUGGAGGAAGAGGAGGAGGAAGAUAGGGAGGAGCAUGAGGUCGAGCAGGGAAUCCUGAUGCAGUACCCUACGAUGAUCGGGAAGGUGAUGAGAGGGCAGUACUGGAUCCCUACCCCCUCCCAGAUCCUCAUCGGACCUACUCAGUUCUCUUGCCCUGUUUGCUGCAAAACCUUCAACAGAUACAACAACAUGCAAAUGCAUAUGUGGGGGCACGGGUCGCAGUACAGGAAGGGGCCGGAGUCGCUGCGGGGGACGCAGCCGACGGCGAUGCUCCGGCUGCCGUGCUACUGCUGCGCGGCGGGGUGCAGGAACAACAUCGACCACCCGCGCGCGAAGCCGCUCAAGGACUUCCGCACCCUCCAGACCCACUACAAGCGCAAGCACGGCAUCAAGCCCUUCAUGUGCCGCAAGUGCGGCAAGGCCUUUGCGGUUCGAGGCGACUGGCGCACCCACGAGAAGAACUGUGGCAAACUUUGGUAUUGCUCGUGUGGAUCUGAUUUCAAGCACAAGAGAUCACUCAAGGACCACAUCAAGGCCUUCGGCGGCGGCCACGCGGCCUACGGCAUCGACGUCUUCGACGAGGACGACGAGCCAUCGUCGGAGAUCGAACAGGACAGCGUCGGAGAACAGGCGCCGCCGCCGCCACUGCCCCGGUAUGUCAUGAAGUCCAAUUGAAAUGUCAACUGAUUAAUGACUUAGCUUGGAGUGAUAUCGGAGGAGGCAUGUGUAGUACUGGAAUCGAUGUGUUAUUAUGGUCCGAGUGAUCCAUCUUUUGUAGAAUGAAUUAUAUUUAGUCGAAGGGAGACCCAUCACCCACGAUAUGAUAUGGAAUGUCUUUGAAUUUA